GAGUUCCUGCGAAAAAUUACUAUAUGGUUGUCACUAGAACGUCAUUCGCUUUUUUUUUUUAAAUGACGUUGAAAAUUUCCAUUCGUAGUUUACGGUUUUAGUGGUAGUUCUUCGUUUGACAUUUGAUCUCCUGAGAGGAAAGUAGAGGGGGGGAAACCUAGGCAUCGUGUCUACCACUUCUACCAGUCCGACGAGUCGUCUGGUCGUCGUCGUCCUUUCUGCUGACGGAUUUAAGAUGGCUGUGGAACAUCAUAGUGGAGAACGUCUUGGUAGUGUUGAUGGUGUCGAGGCAAAGGCGUGAUUUUUUCGCUAUUUUUUUUCUUCCCGACGUCCAUGAUAAUCCGUCCACCGUUGUGUCUUUCGACGUCGACCUCGCCAAGGCUUGUCUGCAUCCCGCGACGGCGCCGCUGAAGGAGAGUCACGAAAAAAAUGGCGUCCCGCGACACUAGCUGAUUCCUGUGAGUGCCUUCGAGCCAGGCGAGGAGGAGGAUGACGAGCUCUCAAAUUCUCCGGCGUUCCCGCCCUUGACCGACGUGAAUCAACUGGCGAUUGUCAACAUGACUCCUCAAUUGGAGCAGAAGCGUGGCUCGUCUGUCAGCUUUACCCGAGCAAAGGAUAGCAAAGAUGCUGAAGAUGAGAUACACAUAUCUCUGGCACCAUACAUACAAACAUAUCUGGCACAUAGUAGCCAGGGAUUGGGAUGCUGUGGUAUCAGUUUACCUGUGCCUUUUGAGCGCGCAGCACCACGAUCCUGGUGGAAUCCCAGAUUUGAUUCGGAAAUUCUCGAAGAACAGUUUAAAAGAAGUGCCUUUCCUCAAAUUAGAUUAAGAUUUCGGUACGCUCUCACGUAUAUCUUGCUAGUGACCUUAUCGUGGCUAAUGUACUUUGUUAUAAUCGGGAUAGAGAACGAUACAUCGACGUUGGUGACAAUAGGAGGUGUUUUAGGUUUCCUCGGAGUUAUGGUCUCGGGUGUCCUUUAUUUAACGCAUACAGACUACUACAAAUCUUACGUAUUACCAAUUUCCCUGGGAGUCGCGUCAAUGCUCUGUUUCCUAUCCUUACUCUUCCUUGCCUUAGUACCGCCUCACGUGGAUGGACUGACUCUGGUCGGACACUUUGCCUUGUGCUCCGAAAUCUUAUUAGUCAUUUAUACAGUGCUGCCGAUGCCACUCUACGCUUGCGUGGGGAUAGCCACGCUGUACUCAUUCAUGUUUGAAUUCCUGACUGCCUAUUUAUACGGCUCGAAGGACGCGCGACAGGGAUUUUACACGAGCGAACGAAUUUUACAAAAUAAUACUUCAGGAGUUAACAGUAUGACGGCGGAAGAAGGGAAAACAUUGUUACUUACGCAUUCACUUCUAAAGGAUCCUUUAAUUGCUGGUAUACAGAAUGUGAUACGUAAUAUUAGUGAUUUUACUGCACCAAUUAGUACAGAGGCGAUAUCGAAAUUGCGUGAAAGCAGAGAUACGAUAAAUGUGGGACCGAGAUACUCAGAAACGGUGGCUCAACGAUUGCACAGUGCCCUGAACGACACGGAUGUCUUAACGAGAUUAAAUUCAAGCGUAUCAUCCAUGCUAAAUACUGCUAUUAAUUCCACCGUAAAUUUAUCGCCUGUAGAUUACACUAAUAAUAACUUAUUCGCCAAUGAUAUUGACUUCUCCACGAAUCUCGUAAUAAGGAUCUUGAUGCAGAUUUGUAUUCACUUGAUAGGAGUGCAUAUUUUGAUAAUGACCUUUGUAAGAAUGCGUGGUACGUUUAUGAAGGUCGGUCAAUCCCUGUUGGUCCGCCGGCAGCUGGAAAUGGAAAAGCAAUUAAAGGAGAAAAUGAUACACUCCGUUAUGCCGCCGAAGGUUGCGGAUUGGCUUAUGGAGGAGAGCGAACGCGAGAGAGAGCGAGAGGACUCUCUGAAAAAGGGCUCGAUACCGUCCAAUAAUACGGACAUUCGUUCAUUGUUUCGUCCGUUCAACAUGCACUCGAUGGAGGACGUUAGUAUCUUGUUCGCCGAUAUUGUCGGAUUUACUAGAAUGAGCUCAAACAAGACUGCAGAAGAAUUAGUAGGCAUCCUAAAUGAUCUGUUCGAACGUUUUGAUGAUCUAUGCGAACAUCAUGGUUGCGAGAAGAUCUCUACAUUAGGAGAUUGUUACUAUUGCGUAAGUGGAUGUCCAGAACCAAGGUCCGAUCACGCGAAAUGUUGUAUAGAAAUGGGACUAGCCAUGAUCGAAGCUAUUAAACAAUUUGACAUCGAGAGACGCGAGGGCGUGAAUAUGAGAGUUGGUGUGCACACAGGCACUGUACUUUGCGGGAUUGUGGGCACUAAGAGAUUCAAAUUCGAUGUUUGGUCAAAUGACGUGACUUUGGCAAAUAAGCUGGAGAGCACGGGAAAACCCGGCCGUGUACAUUUGAGUGAAAAUACUUUAAGAUUUCUAGGAAAUCAAUACGUUACGGAGAAUGGAGAAAUAGUCAAUGGUGUUAAAACUUAUUUCAUUAGAGCCCGCAAGUCGGAUUUCAUGAACCAGUUUUUCGCGAAUGUCACGUCACCCAAGAGUAUCUCACCACUGAUGCAAUCGCGAAAUCGUCUGGCGUCGUGCAACAAUCAAGCCAAACCACGACAUCACUAUCUUCAUAUGAUCACGAACGCGAAACUGAAGGCUAAUUCCUUGCCUAGUAUCUUGGAUUCUGAGAACGAUGGUGAUAUUGUGGAUGAGAAAGAAGACUCGAACAAGAGUCCGACGUCUACCGCUAGUUACGGUAAAAAAAAAGUGCGAAAUAAACCAUGGAGAUACUUACAGAGACAACGCACGACCGAAGAAAUGAUACCUCUGGAGAUAGAAGAGGGAAGGAAUAUCGCUAUGGAACGAGUGAAACCCGAUAUUCAGACAUACGAAGAAUGCAAUGGAUUUAGACGGGUUCCCCUUAACAACGGCGUUGAAAUGGAUCCGAAUCCUGUACCUUCUAGUCCUUUAUUAUCUGGUCAAGAGCCAAUUAGUAACGCUUCUUCCAUUUGCAGUAGAAAAGACUCUGGUAUUAAAAGUAAUAGCAGGCGAAGUAGUAUACAACAGCAGUUGUUCCUGAUGAAUGGCAUAGCUCAAGGUGAUUUAUUGGGACACAGGGUCAGUGGCUAUUAUACUUCUAGUUCAACGUUGAAUUCCACUCAUGAACCUUCUUCGGUGCCUCCUUAUCCGUUUCCUCCGAUAGUAACUGAUACAUUUGGUGCAUGCUUUCAUAAAUUAAGGAAGCAAUCCGAUCUCCAAUUAAUUAGGUGCGUCCAAGAUAAUGUGACUUCUCAGCGCUCAUAUUUUGUUAAACCACCAUUGUCGAGUGUCACUCUUUUCUUCAAGAACAAGGAAAUGGAGAAAGAAUACCGAGAGAACGCGCAUAAGGUCAGCGAGGGUAUAAGCGACAAUCCGCCUACCCUAGCCACUUCAAGAUUCAACACGUACUUCGACAUUUUAAUAUCUGCCUUGGUUUACACAGCCAUCACGAUCUCUCUGUUCCUUCUGUGUAAACCGACGAUUUACUAUACAGUGUUUUCCGUACUUGCCACCACCAUUCAAGUGAUCGCGGUGUCGCUCUGCAUCCGGCAACUCCUUUAUCCGAAUACAGCUCACGCGACGUUUACGCAGCAAAUUUUCAGGUUCUUCUCUCGAUGGUAUCCGUGGCAUGUGUGCGGUGCGGUCUUGGUCGGUCUACCGAUCAUUUCUAUCCUGAUGAAUUUCACGUGCAACAGUUUUCGGAGUCUCAACAACUUCGAGUACUACUAUAGUUACUUGAUCUUCGUCGGAUUAGUACAUUUCUGUAACUUUACGCAGCUCAACUGUUGGAUGAAAAACCUAUUGGUUACCCUCACUGGUAUAUUAUUUAUAUGUCUUGUGGUGAGUCACAUGUCACUAUAUCAAGAGAAUCUCAGUAAUAAAAAUAGUAGUAACAAUGGCAACGGUCGUAUUAACGACUCACAGUUGGCGCAAUUUGUUUCGCUACAUUCGAAUUUUCUCAAAUCGCUCGCUAGCGAAAUGAACGAUGAGAACUUUUCAAACGGUACAAGAAACUUGGCUGACGCUUCCGCUAUCGUGACAACAUCAUCAUUAGUUGCGAAAUAUACGGAUGAACAAAAAACAUUAUCUACGACUCGUGAGAUGUUUUAUACCAAGUAUAACGAGAGAUUGUACAAUUCGGAGAUAUAUCUGGAUAUGGUGCUGCUACUGCUGUUAGUCUGGUUUCUGAAUCGCGAGUUUGAGAUCAGUUAUCGAUUGUGCUUCCACGGUAACGCAGUAGCAGCACGUGACAAGGCGCGCGUACAAUCAAUGAAAAAUCAAGCUGAUUGGCUAUUACAUAAUAUCAUACCCAAGCAUGUAGCCGAUCAAUUGAAGACCACCGCGAAAUACUCACAAAAUCAUAAGUCCGUGGGCAUCAUCUUUGCCAGUAUCGUCAAUUUUAAUGAGCUGUACGACGAGUCAUAUCUCGGUGGUAAGGAGUAUCUUCGCGUGCUCAACGAGCUUAUAGGUGACUUUGAUGAGUUACUUGAGAGUCCGGAGUACGCGAACGUCGAAAAGAUCAAAACAAUCGGAAGCACCUUCAUGGCUGCAAGCGGCCUGAAUCCGCAGGUGAGAGAGCAGAGCGAGCACGAAUACACGCACCUGUUCCAACUGAUGGACUUUGCCGUAGCGAUGCACAAAGUGAUAUACGAUUUCAAUCGGGACCUGUUGGGUUUCAAACUGAUUCUGCGAAUCGGCUUCAACUACGGUGAUGUCACGGCCGGUGUGAUUGGUGCUACGAAGUUGUACUACGACAUCUGGGGCGACGCGGUCAACAUAGCAUCGCGAAUGGAUUCCACUGGAGUUGCCGGUAGGAUACAAAUAGCAAGUAAUUGCUUCGACGUUCUGUCGGAACGAUACGAGUUUGAACCGCGUGGUCAGGUAUACGUUAAAGGCAAGGACAAUAUGGAUGUAUUCCUGUUGAUAGGAAAAAAGAAGGAUGCUGAUACGACCGGUACUUGAAGAUUCAGCGUCAAUUCUCUGUCGGUUAUUCUCCUACGCGACGAUCAUUUGUCGAUAAUCUGACACUAUUUGCGGCCUGCAGCGAUUGUAAUAAUAAAAUUAGAUCUGUCCAUUAAUAUUUAGACAUUUUUCAUAAUUUAACUUUUUAUAAUUUGAGAUAAUAAAUGAACUACAUUCGAUUGAAUUAGUAAUAUAUUUUUUUAUCUUAAUAUAUUUACAUAUUAUUAAACAAAAGUAUUUCAAUAAUAUCUGCAUUUUAUUAUCAAAAUAUGAAGAGAAAACUUUUCUUUUUUUUGUGUUUAUAAUUUGAUAAAAAUAAAAUUAAAUAUAACAAAGUCAGAGAGGGAAAAGAAUUAAGUUUAUGAUAGAAGUUAUAAAUACUUUAUUGUUCGGUUCGUAUACUAUCCCAAAAUUCAAAAUUUUUAUUGUAAGACUGAAAAAUGUUUAGAUAUCAAUAGACAGAUCUAACAGUUACCUCAUACAAUCUAAUUAGUCAUGUUGAUUAGGGAAAAGUGUAAGUGAAACGAGUAAGAGAAGGUAAACAGAAUAGAAUAGUGUCUUUUCUGCGAAGCAUAGCAAUUUUCACGUACGCCGCCGAAAAAAAUGUUACAAUACGCCUUAUUCGUUGACUGCUCAAACUGUUAGCGACAGAUAUUUAUUAACGAGAGAUAUUACUGUAUUUUUGUAAAAAUUUCGAACGAUGUCUAAUGAGAAAAAGAGAACGUGGGAAAUUAUCAAGAUCUGCCUUUGUCUCAAGUACAAAACUGAAUUGGUGACAAAGGAAUCUUUUUUUAGAAACGUUUUACGUUAUUAAACAUUGAAAUGGUAAUUAUUUGUGUAUAUGUACAUAUGGUAAAGUAUAUAGAUGCCACAAAUAAGUUUUUUGCACGAAUAUAUAUGUAUACUUGAAUGUCAAAUCUGAUAUGUGUGAAGUGCAACUAAUGUCUAUAUUUCCUAAAUUGUUAUGAAAAAAAUUAUCCUUGAUCGAAUGAUCGAGUGUCGAUGAAACGACAUUUUGUGCGAUACUUGAGAGAAAUUAUUAAUACGCGUGGCAUCCAAUCCUGUUUGAUAUUCUAAGAAAAACAGCGAAGUGCGUCCAACACGAUAAAUGGUCAACGAAACUCGAAUACCCCGUUAAUUAUGAAUGAAAUAAAUUUUUGAAAAAAUAUAUAUAAUAUUAAAGAAUAUAAAUUUACAUCGUCUUGUCUUCCUGUCUGAUACUGUGACUCGUCACAUAUAAGAUGAAUAUAAGACAAAGUGUUAGGGAUCGAUUGAAGCUUGUUUUAUAUGGAACAGAUAGAAACAAAUAACGAAAUUUUUAUCUUAUUGUUAGAAAUUUUAUCUUAGAUUACGAACGGACGAAAAAUUUUACCAAAGAUCAAUAACUAAUGACUCAGGCCGCGGACGUGUGCACAUGUAAACAGAGAAUAUACAUAAAGUAUGGUAGAAUACGUGAGAAAAAAUAAAAUCGCACAUUCCAAAUGUAGCCCGCAGACACGAAUUAACGAUUAAUGCUCAUAAUAAAGUGCUUCUUGUCAUCAUUAAGUAAACAUGUUCGUUGUCAUAUCUGGACGUAAAAGUGUUACGUUGGAUUCCAAAGAAUAUAUUGCUGCAUUUUCUUUUAAAUUUCAACGAUAAGUGACACCACGUUCGAUGGAAUUUAUGUAGAUAGUAUGUACGUGCGGACAUGAGUAUUGCGCGCGAGCGUGUGAGCGCGUCCUAUGUGUGUGUUUACAUAUAUGUUUAUAUUUAUAUAUGUGUACAGAAUUUUGAAGAUUUUUCCGAAAGAUUUAACGUUAACACAAGAAGCUAGACAUGUGCGUUUUAUGUAAAUAAUACGCAGUGCGAUGCAAGCAAUACGUGAUAAACGGUCUGGAUCAUAACUGACGUGUAUAUUUUGAAUGUUAUAUAUUUUUAUUGACACAAGAAUUUUAAUUGUGGUUUUAAUAAGCAGCGUUUAACUUAUAUUAUGAAGAUACUUGUUCCAUGUGAAAGUAAUAAUGCCAAUAAUUAUGUAUAAUGAACGGAUCUGAAUGUUAGUUCCAAUCCCUAUAAAUAUAUGCUGUAAUAUAUUUAUGAUUGUGUAUGAAGUUUUUUUAAAAUAUAAUUUCUUUAAAAAGAUGGAUUUGAAAGAGAGCUGCGAUAUUGUAAUUUUACGAUGCAUUGCUUCUAUUUGGUAUAUCGCAAGAUUUAUGCAACAUUUCUAUGAUUACAGUCAAUUAUAAGAUUUUGCGUUCAAAUAUCGAGUGAGAUAUCGACUCGUGUCACGAAAGCAUGUGCUCGCAAAUAUGAUCUAUAAUGUACAUAUGUUACACUCAUCUGUGGGACAACAAAAGGAAUACGUGUAUAUUGCAGAUGUCAAAUAAAAUAUAUUGUGUAUGUAUAUAUAACUUGUAUGUACACUCGAUAAAUGUGUGUAUGUAUGUAUGUGUGUAUGUGCGUGUGUGUGUGCGUGCGUGCGUGCGUGCGUGCGUGUACAUAUAUAUAUAUAUUUAUCGAGCGAUAUAUAUCUCAAGCGACAUACAAGUUCUACGGACAACGAGGCAGAGAGACUCCAGAUUAUAUAGACGUACAUAUAAUUAUUGUCAAUGCAAUUUCUUUAUUAUAUUAUAUACAACAUUAUACCGCUAAUUUUAUUAUAACUGAUGUACAAAAAAAACGGGCGAAGUCUUGAAAACGAGUGGAUUCUCGUCUCUUUCUCGCUUGGCAUAAAUCGUCGGAACAUUAAUAUUACAACAAAGCGUGAUGUAUGAUUAUUUUGUUUAUAUAUAUGUAUAUAUAAUAUAAAUAUAUAAAUGUUAUAUAUAUUGUUUAUGUGUACAUAUAUAUAAACAAUCAUAAAAUGCCAUCCAGGUAAUUUUAUUAUAUUUUCAAUUUCAGUUAAAUAUAUAAAUGUACAAUAUGACUUCAAAUAUCACAUUGUUGCAAAGUCAAUUUUCUAAGUCAAUAAAAAAAAUAAAGAAUUUUCAAAAAAUAUACUGCUAAUUCAAUAAUUUUACAAUCUGAUAAAAAAGCCGCUUAUGAAACAAGCCGACUUUUGCAAUACCAGAAUGGCUCAGAAUAAUUAUCAUAAUUGAUUAUUGUACCGUGAACGUGUAUUUCGUUGGUGAUAAUUGUUCAUGUAAUAGCAUGCACGAUCUUUAAAAAAGUUAAUGUGAAACACUUUAUAUGACACAUUGUAAAAAAUUGGCAAUGUGAUACGCGUUUCGAUGUACAUAUAGUGUAUAACAUUGUAUAUCAGGUGUCCCCGUUAUACAAGUAAAAAAGUUGAUUUGUAUCAUGGAAGAAUACAACGAAAAGGAAAUAA